AUGGCGUCUAACCAACAAAGCUACAAAGCUGGUGAAACCAGAGGCAAGACUCGGGAGAAGACAGGACAAGCUAUGGGAGCAAUGAGGGACAAGGCUGAGGAAGGCAAGAACAAGACUUCCCAGACGGCCCAAACAGCCCAACAAAAGGCCCAUGAGACAUCACAGUCCGCGAAAGACAAGACAUCUCAAGCUGCUCAAACGACCCAACAAAAGGCUCACGAGACGACCCAAUCAGCAAAAGACAAGACAUCUCAAGCUGCCCAGACGGCCCAAGACAAAGCCCGUGAGACAAAGGACAAGACGGGGAGCUACAUGUCCGAGACAGGAGAAGCCAUAAAGCACAAGGCUCAAGACGCUGCUCAGUACACAAAGGAUGUUAUCAAAGGAUCAAGAAUCAAACUGAAUACUGCUUUUAUAAAUAAGUAA